AUGGGUGCAAGAUCUUCGUUCUCCUCCAACCACUCGGUUGUGCCAGAGCCCCAGGAGUAUGAUAGAAACAGAAUUAGUCGUGUUACUAGUCAUGAGUUCCAAAAAGAACAUCAGCCGUUCAGAACACCUGAAAGUAAUGUGAAAGUGCCUGAGUACAUUGCUCCAGAGGCUAAUGUCUUCACCUACACAAAGGAUAUUGUUGGCAAUCCAUUGACCAAACUCCAACAUUAUUUGAUUUCGCUUUUUCCAAUUGCCCAGUGGAUUUUGCACUAUAACUUCAAAUGGUUGUACGGUGACUUGGUCGCUGGUGUCACUGUUGGUGUGGUUUUGGUGCCACAAUCUAUGUCUUACGCUCAGUUGGCCGGUUUGCCUGCUCAGUACGGUUUGUACUCUUCGUUUGUCGGUGUUUUUAUCUACUCAUUUUUUGCUACUUCUAAAGAUGUCUCGAUCGGUCCAGUUGCUGUGAUGUCCAUGCAAGUCGGUAAGGUUAUUGCCAGAGUUCAGGACAAGUUUGGAAACGAGUACUCUGCACCAGAAAUCGCCACAUUUUUGUCGCUUAUUUGUGGUGGUAUUUCUGCUGCUAUUGGUUUGCUUCGUCUUGGAUUCAUCGUUGAAUUCAUUUCCAUGCCUGCUGUUAUGGGUUUCAUGUCGGGUUCUGCCUUCAACAUUAUUGUUGGCCAAGUUCCAGGCUUGUUAGGUUACGGUUCGAAGGUCAACACUCGUGUGGCUGCUUACAAGGUGGUCAUUGACUCAUUGAAGGCAUUGCCAAAGACUAAUGUCAAUGCGGCCUUCGGUCUUGUCCCAUUGUUCAUCCUCUACUUGUGGAAGUUUUCUUGUGGCUUCUUGUCCAACAGAUACCCACGUAAAAAGAUGUGGUUCUUCUAUGUUGAACAAUUGAGAAACGUGAUUGUCAUCGUUGUUGCCACUGCCAUUUCUUGGGGAAUUGUUCACCCGCAAUUGAAGCAGUUCAAAGGCCCUUUGAACAAGUUUAAGCCUACCAUUCAAACAAUUGGAGUUGUUCCCUCAGGUUUGAAAAACGUUGGUGUUAUGACUGUUCCCCAAGGAAUCCUUGGCGCAAUGGCUUCUGAGAUUCCUGUUUCUACUAUUAUCUUGUUGUUGGAGCACAUUGCUAUCUCGAAGUCUUUUGGUAGAAUUAAUGAUUACAAGGUUGUUCCAGACCAAGAAUUGAUUGCCAUUGGAUUCAACAAUUUGAUUGGUACCUUCUUCAACGCUUACCCUGCAACUGGUUCAUUCUCAAGAUCAGCAUUGAAGGCCAAGUGUGGUGUCAGAACUCCAUUGGCUGGUAUUUUCACUGGUGGUGUUGUUUUGUUGGCUUUGUACUGUUUGACUAGUAGUUUCUACUACAUUCCUAAGGCAACUUUGAGUGCAAUUAUUAUCCAUGCCGUUUCCGAUUUGAUCACCUCAUACAAGGUCACUUGGAAUCUUUGGGAAAUCAACCCCAUUGACUGUGGUAUUUUCCUUAUUGCUGUGAUUAUCACCAUUUUUGCAUCUAUUGAGGAUGGUAUCUAUUUUGCCAUUGCCGCCUCUGCAGCUGUCCUCUUGUUCCGUGUUGCCAAGCCAACUGGUCAGUUCUUGGGAAGAAUCCGUGUUGCUGAAGUCGUAAAUCCAAGUAUCGUCUUCACAGAUGAACGCUCCAUUUCUACUGAUGAGUCUGCUGAUGUCGAAAUCCAACAGGUCUUGUCUCGCGAUAGUUACAACGCUGCAGACUCGAAGGCCAAAUACAAGUCUGGAAAAGAGUCUCCACUUACUGCUGAUCAACUACUUGUCACAAACCCCCAGAUCAAAUUCCACAGUCGCUGGGUGCCACUUUCGAAACAAAGCAUAAAUGACGAUAUUGACGUACUCCCUCCUCCAGAGGGUGUUAUUGUUUUCAGGCCUCUUCAGUCAUUCGUCUACCCCAACUCGUCUACUUUAACUGAUGAUAUCAGUGACGAAGCAAAGAGAACUACUAGACGUGGAAAGCCAUAUAAUGAAGGUUCUCAAGGUGAUAGACCAUGGAAUGAUCCAGGUCCAUUGAGAUGGCGUCUUCCUUUUCUUAAGAAAACCGAGAAGGAAGUCACAAGCUUGUCUGAGCCAGUUAAACCACUCUUACGUAUUGUUCAUUUGGACUUUUCUUGUGUCGCAGGUAUCGAUGCAACUUCUGUCCAAGCUCUUGUCGACUUGAGAAGAGCCUUGAACAUUUACGCUGAUCGUGAAGUCGAAUUUCACUUCAGCGGAAUUCACUCUCCUUGGAUCAGAAGAGCCUUACUCAAAGCUGGCUUUGGUACAUAUGGCGAAACUGAAUUGGUCAGUGAUAAGACUUUUGUGAAUAUUGCUGUCCCAGACAAAACCGAUCUUGAGAACAGCGCCUAUUAUGCCGCUGUUUCUACUGAUACUCCAUUCUUCCACCUUGAGAUUCCUGACUAUUAA